GCUCCCAUGAGCAGCAUUCAGGCUGUUCAGUCUCUGGGACCAAACUCAUUCGAUGUGUCAUUUUCCUCGGUACACGAGCGUACAUUGUAUGCGGGGAAACUGUCUGGUUUAGACGCCGUGGAUGUGUCAUCUUACGCGGCGGCGGAGAUAAUUGUCACGGCCACAAGAAUUCCGUAUGAGCUCGAUGACAACUAUGUCAGGAACUGGUUAAAUCAAUACUGUGCCGUCAUCACGUCCCGUAUGGUAACAUACCGGGACAGACCGACCAUCAAAAAUGGGAACCGGCAAUACAAAGUAGUUUUAAAGCCGGGAUGCAAUAUCCCAUCAGCAUGGAAAAUGUAUGACGGGAGGAUGGUUUUCUUCAGGUAUGUGGGGCAGCCCCGUACCUGCUUGAGAUGCAACCAGGAAGGCCAUGAGUCGGCAAAUUGUGCAGUAACAUUUUGCAACAAAUGCCAGUCCAUUGGGCAUUUGGCCAUGGAUUGUACCAACGAUGUUGUGUGCCUCAGUUGCAGGGCAGAGGGACAUACGGCUCGCCGUUGUCCCCUGUCCUUCGCAAACAGGAUUAAGAUGGGAGCCAGUUGGGCUAAGAGCCAAGAGCUCCCGGCAGGUGUGAGUCAGGUCCGUGAACACCAUGAUGGAGGGGUUCCUCAGACUGUAAAUAAGCCUGAUCGGUCGGAACUGGCCCAUGUUUCUGACGCAGAGUCUGGUGUAUCUGAUCCUGUUUCGCCUCCAGGUCACCCUGGCAGUGUGGACCCGGGUACUUCUUCGGCUGUGAAGUCGGAUGUUUCUUCUCCGGUCGCGGAGCCGGAGGAUUCUCCUCCGGUCGCGGUGGUUGAGCCGUCUGAGGACGUGCUGUCGGAGGCCGCUCCUUCUCUGACCAAGUUUUCUCCGGUCGCGGUGGUUGAGCCGUCUGAGGACUUGCUGUCGGAGGCCGCUCCUUCUCUGGCCAAGCCUGGCCUUUCUUCCUCUUCUAGCGAGCAGGUACCCUCAACAUCUGCUGCUCCGGUACCGGCCCCUCGCGCCCGGUCCCAGAGAAGGAGGCGUAAGGCGGCCAGUCCAAUCCGACCUGUUACUCGUCGGUACAUGUGUCAGGGUUGUGAGUUGGAUUACACAAUCACUCUGGAGGUGGUGUCUUGUCAUCAGUGCAAGGCAGACAUAACUCCAGAAUCUGCUCUCCUUGCUUUCUGUGAGGGCCCAGUUUGUCAAAGCGAUAAUCGCCUCUUUCUUUGUCAGAGCUGCCAUGAUGGCAACUCUGAUAUUGCUGACAAAGAUUCCAGGAAAAGGUGUAGGGGCGAUUCCAGUGAGGGAUCUGCCUCUGCAAAGACUUUGUCGAAAGGAAAAAAGAUUCGUAAGGAGCCGGAUUCCGACUCCAGUCUUGUUAUCGAGGAGUUUCCCUCGGAGAGUCUUCGUUCUGUGGACGGUAACGAGUCUGACUCUACUGUUGGCUCCAGAAGCCUCAUCAUUGAUGAGGAUACUUCGGAUGCCUCUCAGGCUCCCAGUCCCGAUUUGGUAGCAUAG